UCCCUUCUAGCUUGCAGAGUUGUUUCUGGCAUUUGAAUGAAAAUCGUUCUGAGAAGACUGCCUCAUACAUCUGCGUGAUAAUGGCUUCAGCUUUGGAGCAGUUCGUCAACAAUGUGCGGCAACUCUCUGCGCAAGGUCAGAUGACUCAACUUUGUGAGCUGAUCAAUAAGAGUGGGGAGCUGCUGGCUAAGAACCUGUCCCACCUGGACACUGUGCUUGGGGCGCUGGACAUCCAGGAGCACUCCCUUGGGGUGCUGGCUGUGCUGUUUGUCAAGUUUUCCAUGCCAAACAUCCCAGACUUUGAGACACUGUUUUCCCAAGUGCAACUCUUUAUUAGCACCUGCAACGGAGAGCACAUCAGAUAUGCAACGGACACUUUUGCUGGCCUUUGCCACCAGUUGACAAAUGCCCUUGUAGAGCGGAAACAACCAUUGCGGGGGAUAAGCAUACUCAAACAGGCAAUAGACAAAAUGCAGAUGAACUCAAACCAACUUACCUCAGUUCAUGCAGACCUUUGUCAGUUAUGCCUGCUGGCAAAGUGCUUCAAGCCUGCCGUUCCUUUUCUGGAGCUAGAUAUGAUGGACAUCUGUAAAGAAAAUGGAGCCUAUGACGCAAAGCACUUUCUAUGUUACUACUACUAUGGAGGCAUGAUCUACACUGGUCUGAAGAACUUUGAACGGGCACUGUAUUUUUUUGAACAGGCAAUAACCACUCCAGCUAUGGCAGUCAGUCACAUAAUGCUAGAAGCAUACAAAAAAUACAUACUGGUCUCCCUCAUCCUCCAUGGCAAAGUACAGCAACUCCCCAAGUACACAUCACAAAUUGUGGGCAGGUUCAUCAAGCCCCUCAGUAACGCUUAUCAUGAGCUGGCUCAAGUUUACGCCACCAAUAAUCCAGCAGAACUGCGCAGUCUGGUGAACAAGCAUAGCGAGACGUUUACAAGGGACAACAACAUGGGCCUGGUCAAGCAGUGCUUGUCCUCACUCUAUAAAAAGAAUAUCCAACGGCUAACAAAGACUUUCCUGACACUGUCCUUACAGGACAUGGCAAGUCGAGUGCAGCUGUCAGGCCCACAGGAAGCUGAGAAAUAUGUUCUUCACAUGAUCGAGGAUGGAGAGAUCUAUGCCAGCAUCAACCAGAAAGAUGGUAUGGUCUGUUUCCAUGACAACCCAGAGAAAUACAACAACCCUGCAAUGCUCCACAAAAUUGACCAAGAGAUGCUGAAGUGUAUAGAACUGGACGAGAAGUUAAAGUCUAUGGAUCAGGAGAUCACAGUAAACCCUCAGUUUGUGCAGAAGAGCAUGGGAACACAAGAGGACGAUGUUGGUAGCAAGACGUCAAGCUACUCCUGAGGACGUUGGAUUGAUUGGGAGGAGCACAAUCCUGCCUCAUAUAACUUGGAACACAUCCAUAAGAGGAAGAUCUAUUGAGCAUGGACAAUAUUGGAAGAAAACAUGAAUUUGUGAAAUGAUCAUUUGGUUCUUUUACAGUGUCUGAAGCACCUAAACACAAAAAAACAGUUUUGUCAGUGUUUUAUUUAUCGAAGUUCAGGUUAAAAAGCCACUGCUGCA